AUUGGAAUGUUUUGAUCAAAAAUUAAAACCAAGUCGGCGGAAUAUAUAUUUGAAACUGUCAAUAUAAAAACAAUCAUAUAUGAUUGCUCGAACAUUACGGACUGCUGCACAGUGGAGCAGCAACCUUCGCCUCCUGCAUCCAAUCGUCCCUAUAACAACAACGACUAAACAGCUGAUAACGGGUUCAAAUGCAGGUGUUCGCCUGAGCAAAGCAUAUGAAGGCGAUGGAAAAACAAAAGUAUCAAUUUUUAAUACACAAACCGAUCUGGGAUUAAUGAUAACUGGAUACAGUCAAUAUGGCUUUAGACUUAACAAUGAUAUGGUUUUGAUAGGACCGAUUACAGUUUUCCCUAGGUCCGUGCUAUCAUGGAAUGUGAACACAUUUGAGGACAUAAAUGAACAGAGCCUUAGCCUAUUUCCUAUCCUAGAUCCCAAACUCGAUGUGCUUAUAAUUGGAAUCGGCGACCAGAGUCCCACACCGGCUUUAUCGAAGCGUAUUAUAGAGUUUAUGAAGAAAUAUAAAAUAAACGUCGAGGUCCUGCGAACGGAGCAGGCUUGCGCUACCUUUAACUUUUUGAACGCUGAGAGCAGAAUGGUGGCAUGUGCUCUGAUACCGCCACUACAUUUGUCCUACAAUGAGAAUGAUAUUCUUCAGACCAAACUAAAGCAUCAGCAGCUAUAUGAGACGGACUGAGAACGAGUAGAAAUACGUUAAAUUCAAAAAUAUAUUUUUAUUUAUAUGUUUAAGGGCGUAUAAAGGCUAAACAAAGUCGCAGUUGCACUGCACACA